CACAUGCUUAAUUUCCUAAGUAAUAUUUUACUUGGAAGAUGAGAUUAGAAAAUCGGUAACUUGUUUUAAUUUCCUAAAAAACCUUUUGGUUUUGUAAUGAUUGUGGAUAAUGAAACGUCAAAAAAAAAAUUAAAAAAAAAAUUCAACUUAGUCUUCUACUCAUUACAAACUGAUUCUUGAAUUUGCAAUUAAAAGAAACUGAUUCUUGAAUUUCCGAAUGGAUUCUUGUUCUUCAAGAAACGACGGAAGACUGAUGUUCAAAUCAAGAACGCCCCGUUUUUUCAAGAUUAUUCUUGAUCAUUCAAAUCUUUACAUCCUAAGAAAAUUUGUCAGACUCUACGGAAACAAUCUGCCAAAUUCUGUAGUCCUCAAAGUUCCAAGUGGUGCAAAAUGGAAAUUAGAAUUAGUCAAAUCCGAUGGUGAUAUUUGGUUUCAGAAUGGCUGGCCGGAGUUUGUGAAGUAUUACUCUAUAGAUUAUGGGUUCUUUCUAGCAUUUGAAUACAAUCAGACAAAUUCUGAGUUCAAUGUAACAAUAUUCGAUACGAGUACAUUAGAAAUAGAUUAUCCGUUUGAGAUCGCCAACAGAAACAAUCAAGAAUCUAAUCUUGACCAAGAGGUUCAUCAAGAAACUGAAAUCUUGAAUCGAAAAUCGAAACGGAAAUCACCAUUACUAUUUCCUCAGCCUCCUAAUAAGAAAAUCAAGCUUGAGAAGUCUACAGGAAGUAGAACACAAACAUUGACACCUCAGGAAAAAGCCGAAGCAAUUAAAAGAGCAGCCUCUAAUUUUAAAUCUGAAAAUCCUUAUUUCAUGUGUGCAAUGCAGCCAACAUCUCUUCAUUGUAAAAGUCAUUAUAGACAGGCUAUACCAGCAAGCUUUGUGAAGAAAUAUUUCAACAAGCCACAAGGCAUUGCUAUGCUUAGUACUAUGGAUGGGAAUUUAUGGCCUGUUGAGCACAAGUAUUACGUUUUUAGUUCGUCAGCAAAAUUCAGUCGAGGUUGGAAAGAAUUUGCGAUAAGAAAUUGUUUGGAAAUCGGAGAUGUUUGCGUCUUUGAACUGGUCGAUCGUGCUAAUACGACAUUGAAAGUCGCCAUUUUUCGACAUAUCAAAGAAGCUAUCAAGAGCACAUCGCUUGGAAUCAACAAAAAAAAGAAACUAGAAGAGAGUUCUGGCUAUGAGAAGACUGUCCAAAGGCAUUUGUGUUCAAACUUUUCUAAAGCUGCUGAAUCUGCCAACAAAUUUACAUCCGCGAAUCCGUUCUUCAAAGCGAAUAUAUCAUCUGGUGCUAGCAUAGUGUAUGUGCCAUCUGAAUUUGCGAUGAAAUGCAGCAGAAAAAGCACAGGAAAUGUACGGUUACAAAUUGGAAGGAGAAAGUGGGCUGUCAAAUUAAUUAUCAACCGGUUUCGCGGAGGCUGUUUGUCUGCAGGAUUUAGUUUAUUUGCAACAGAAAAUAGUCUGAAAGCAGGAGAUGUUUGCAUCUUUGAGUUGAUCAAUUCUGAAUUGCUUCUGCUUAAAGUAACCGUUUUCAGAAAUACUGUGAAGUAACUUCUUGCAUACCUUUUUUUUUUGUAGUGAGGAAGAGAUUAAGUAGUCUUAUAACUCUAUUGAUUCCCACUAUUUUUUAUUUGUUUACAUGUUGAAAAUUGAAACUGAUUUGCUAUCCUAAUCAGCUUUAUGGUUCUGUGAUGGAUGACUUAAUAGAGUUUAAAGUUGUUUCAGAGUUUGAUUUGCUAUGAUUUUUCAAGUUAAAAAAUUUGAUUUGUUAAUAGUAGGGGUAGCCACGGCUCACAGACUACCAGUUCUGUUUCGGAACCGCCUGUUGACAGUCAAAUCCGGCCUUUCUCCUGUUCGGCUACUGUUUGGAUCCGGUUCUGUGUUUGACAUGAUCAGACACCCAUAUCUGAGGUCUUCUGUGUUUGGCAGGGGAUAUAUCCAUCUUUGAGCUUGAAAAUGGAAAAUUAUGCUUUUUGAAGUCUCUAUUUCCAGGUCUAAGGAUGCAUGUUAAAAUUGGUUGCAUUACUUUUCUGUACUCUUUUUCGGAGCUAGAUUGCAGACAGAUAGUUUUGUAGUAUAUCCAUUAUAACAAUUAUAUAAAUAAAAAUUUAAAAUCCAUUGUAACA